AUGUCGCGCCCGGGAUGCCUGCUGAUCGCAGCGGCUUUGCUUCUUGGCCUCCGCUACUGCUUCGUGCCCAGCCCGGAGCAGCAGCCGAAGGCAUCCGGUGAGUUCAACCCGGCUGUGGCCGCCUCGGCGGCCUUGCCGGCCUUGACGAUGCUUGCGGAGGAUGCGGAAGCGAAGUACGGAGAUCAGCGCAAGUUUGCCGCCGUGCUGGUGCCUUUGACCACACUCGUCUUCCCUGCGGUUGCCAUGGGCAUGUUCGUCUUGUACUCCUUUCAGGAGGAUGCCUUCUGGCGCAUUGUCCCAGGAACCAAGCGGGCCAGGGAGCUUGACGAAGCCUGGAGGGAGCACCCACUGUUCGCCAACUCUAAGGACCCACUUGAUGGCCUCAUCAACCCCGACGACUACGAGAAAGGAUUGGAGGAGGCAUGGGAGCGUGCCAAGCCUGCGGGCAGCACUGUGACCGUCAAGGACAAGCUGAAGCAGCUCUCGAAGCAGGACAACCCACACUUCGAGUCCUGGAGGGCGAUGUCUGCCUAG